AUGCUUUCCAAUAAUACAUUAUCACGGGAGGGCUGCAGCGGUGACAGAAAGGAUACCGCUGUGUGUGGCGGAAAAAAGCUCGCGACGCAGGGCUCCUUCCACAACUGCUCGGGCAAGACAAAGGGCAAAUGCUGCCCCAAGAACAGCGAUGGCUCGGGAAGCAUCGAUGUAAACAAGGGUGGUGGUGAGAAGUGUGGCUACUGCUUCAGUGGUACUUGCUCUGGAUAA